CCCUGAGUGCGCAUCGUUGUUAUAACUUUCUACGAGUUCCAUUAGACUCGAAGAACGAGGGACUUACGAUUCACUUUCGAGUUGCCUGCUCUACUAGCCGCAGAUGAAGUUGAACAGAUUUAUAAAUCACUGUAGAACCACUACCACAAAGAGAGAAAGAGUUCGAUGAUGAGCAUUUAGAUAGUUAGUUGGCUCAUGGAGUAGAUUCUGCUUUGACUCUCACCGGACCAAGCAAACAGGCCCCACCCAUCUACCUCAUAGUUCUUGCAUCCAGUCAGCACAUGUGUUAAGCAAGUCAAAUGCAUGACGCCGUUCUACCUAAGCUGAGUCUCUUUAGGGAACUGUAAGCAAUGACAAUGACUCCUGUCGACCAGUUCAAAAUGACUGAAGAGGUCGCCCGAAACCCACUGAUCCCACGCGUGCAUUUUUUUAUAGAGCUCUCCUUUUUAGAGACGAAAUGAGUUGAGUAGAAGUUAGUGGACAUCAAGAGCCUUAUCUGGAUGCAGCUGUAUUGAGAAUAUUUAUUUGAAGGUGAGCGUCGUGUCUGGUACUAUUUUGAAAUCAUACAACAUGCAGGUCUUUGACUUAUCCAUGUAUUGUCGAGCACGAGCCUGUAACUACACAUAGCUUCGGUAACUAGUACUUGCAACGAGUGAUUCCCACAACAGUUUUCUCGUGGCUCUUCUCUUUAAUUUUUUUAUAACGACCUUGAACACAUCUUAGAUUUAGUGUCGCAGAGCAAGUGUCACAUGUUUUUAUCAAUUUGUUGUUUUUUCCAUGAAAUUGGAAACCAUGAGCCUAACCAGCGUAAACCAUGAUUUGCAUCUAAAUUGAACAAAAUCAACAUCCACUCUUCAUUUUAUUGAUGACGAUUAUCAUGUUAGGCACCAUAAGCUUGGUUUUUUUCUGGUGAUCGAUGGACCGAAAGCGCGUGCCCUUUGGGCUCUUCGGAUGUAAUUGUGGAGAGGAAGACUGCGAGGAAGAACUGUUUGAGUGUCCUGAGAUUGAGUUGCCGGAGGCGGACGACUUUGGAGGCGCUUCGCGCUUUGAUCGUGGGAAGGAAGGCGGCGGAAGGAAUUUCGUGCUGGAUCUCGGAGAACAGGACGGCUUUUCGGCGGAUCCCGUUUUUAAAGGCUUUGCUGGUGGUGCCCUAGGGCAGUCUUCCUCGCGAAGGGACGACAGGCGGCUAGCACGAAACAGCGCCAAUCCGCUGGUUGGAUCAGCAUUGCUCGCAACAGCAGAGGAGUCAAAUCCCCCAAAUCCUAUUCCAGAGCAAGGAAAAACAUCAAACGGUUUUGGUUUUGGAGGUGUCGUGGGUACUCCAGGAGCGUCGGUCGUGUUAUCCGAAGAGCCCUCUGGACCGAUCUUUAGAAAUGUGAAAACACAGGAGAAGGAGAAGGAGGUGCUAUCAGAAUCAGCGAAAGACAAGACAGAGCUAUCAGUUGAUGUAGGUGAUUCGCCAGAGUCCUCAUCGGCAGUUCUCUCUGGUGAAGGCAAAAGGGAUACAAAAGUUGCGAGUUCCUCCUCUUCUACUGCUGAGAGUGACGAGACUAUAGACAGAGGAACUGCUGAAAAGACAGCAACAAGCGCGGCCUCAACAUCUUCCUCGUCAAGCUCCACCUCUUCAUCGGAAAAAGCAGAGGUCAACAUGGGUAGCACAGAAACCGCCGAAGAGACUCAAGCAAGGAGCGCUGCCGAUCGCACAGCAGUACCUUCGAAGGACUCUUUGGGUAGCACACCUCCGUCUGCAAGAGAAGGCAUUCUUAUGGACCGGGUGUUAGAUCAGGAUCACUCUGUUUCUAAUCAAUAGAUCCAGCGCUCUUAUAAUGAGGUCCAGAUUUAGGUAGGUCUAGGUCUGAAUUCUCGGACUCUCACUGUGAACAAGUACAACAGCCGGGCCUGUUGUUAUAUCAAAUACUGUUAUUCUAAUGAGAAGAAGGGGUUUCUUUUUUUCAGUACUUGGUGUACUAGGAACAUCAAUAAAAAAUAGUUUUUUAUGUUACACAGUUAUAGUACUGGUUACACAGAAACAAGUCCUACUUUGUAAGGUCUAAUUUCUCUACCGGCGAUGCAGACCGGAGUAUAUUAAGUUCGUCACCGCCGGAAUCGCCUGAGGCGGCACCCUCUCCUCUGGCGUCCUCGUUGCUGAGUCCGAAAGGGGAGUCGCUCAAUACGUGGGUGGCGGAACACUUGUCCGACGAUGACUACAUGAUAUCCCCGCGAACGGCAAAGAACCUGCAGAACAACGCAAAAGUAAGGCAUCUCUCCAAGAACCGGCCAGCAUCAGCCGAAGGCCUGUCCAGUUUUGGGGCCUCGAGCUCCACAAGCUUGAGGAGGGAAGAGACGUCGAAUAAAGCGGGUCUUCAACAGGAGGCUUCAACACAAGAUGAGUCUGUUGCAUUGUCCUCUGUUUCGGCCGGUGCCGCGUCGCCUGUCGGAGCCUACAAGUUGGCGAACGGGGGUCCUGCGCUACCAGCGCUUGCUCUCGGCGCCACCGCAGUAUCGAAACUGCCGCUUGCGAUAAAUACGGGCUAUGCGACGCCUGCGUUCGAGGCGGAGCCAAACGGAAGCCCAACGCCUGGCAGUCCGACCUUUGGACGACCCGGCUACAGCAAGAGCAGCGCGAGCAGCACUACCAUUAGCACUUCGCAGGCUUCACCACCGCCCGGUUCUGCGGAAAAGCAAAUGAGACACCUUACGGGCAGCUUGCCCGACGGUACCGUGCUGACCAGUUCGAGACAGGGUCGCGAUCGGCUGCCGCGAACUGGCAUUUCAGGGAAGGUUUUUGUCCGCCGACGAAACUAUUUUCACCAAGAGGACAAUUUGUACGUUGCCGAGUACUUAGAGAACUGUCGCAAAUACAACAUUCGCAUCGACCCAGGCGUGGUUUCCUGUUUGCAGACCGACGGACAAGAUCUCUACAUUCAGUGCGAAGGUCUGCUAACUGUUGCCUCUAUUCUCUGCAACCCAGUGAAUCCUCCUGUGACUCGGCUCCACGUGAUGCCUCGGUACGAGAACCGGUCGAACCAGUACAUCUGCCUAAUUCUAGAACAGAUCCUCCACGCAAACCGAACCCUGGAAGUCGUUGACUUGUGUGACAUAGGAAUAAACCCAGAUGGCAUGCAGUAUCUGGUAGCAGGUCUUCACCAGCAUGCGAGCGUGCGCCAGCUGCUACUCAGUCGGAAUGACCUCGGUUCAAAGGGGUAAGAAUUUGAGCUUAUAAAUUGUAAUGUGGGCGGUGGGCUGGGAGGUGGGCGUCGGGGCGCCGUCAACGUCAACAGGAGUAGGUUUUUCGUUGUGUACAGAAUGAAUGCAGUUAGAUGUGGUGUGCUGCAGACGUGAUUAUUCGUGAAGCCAGGUAUUCAGGUGGCCAUGCUCUCUUUUUUUUUUUGAAGAUAUCUCUUUUUUUAACUUUUCAUGCAGGUGCAAGCUUGUAAUCAAGGGAUGCGCUACGAUGCCGGUUAUUGAGAAAGUUGACGUGACUUUUUGCGGAAUUGGGGCAACGUACACUCAUAUACUCACUCAGCUUGGAAAAAAGCAUCCUAAAAAGCCUGAAGUCCGGACUGAAGGGAAUACCGCAACGGAGGAGAUAUGGAGUGCGAUAACGCACGGGUACAAGAACUCGUCUAAGAUGAACUAAUUGUAAUUUAGGAUAUUCGUGGGUGAUGGAGAUACGAAUCUACGAUUAUCCACUUCGUGAAUGGAAGUCUUGUCUAAAUCCUAGUCUGCUACCCUGUCCAAUUUUAUCGCUACACAAUCUUUCUGAGCGGUCAACUUUUCUUGUAACAAACGACUGCAGGUUGGGACUGUUGUGGUCUAUUAUCGCCGGUAUCUACAUGACGAUUCAUGUUAGAGACAACCCCACCCACCACGUCCUUGGUUGCCUCACAUACAGCGUCUGCAAGUUCCUCCUCUUUCUCUUCUCCACGCUAUACCACUCGUUUUUCCUGAAGGUACGGAUAUUUUCAGCAUUGACGGUACCACUUCGCUUGAGUAUAUAAUAGUCCUCAGCAGCCUUGUCGAACCUUUCGUUUUACUACCCUUUUAAGAAGACAUCUUCAACUUCUCAUUAAAUGUCUGGAAAUACUUUCCACAGGUGUCGACCCACCAAGUGUUUCAGAUUUUGGAUCACUGUGGUAUUUUCUUAUUCAUCGCGGCUAGCUACACCCCCGUUAUUCAAUUGUCGGAGAUGUCGAAGGAGGCUGCCACGACGAUUUUAGUCGCGCAGUGGAUUCUGGCGGUUGUCGGCGUGGUCGCGUUUAUUAUGGCUUAUUAUUACGAGGGCUUUAAGCGCUGGUACGGUCUGAUCGAGCCCUUCAUAUGCAUAGCUAUGGGCUGGAUGAUUUCAUUGCGCUACGAAGAAACGGUCGGAUCAAUGCCCGCGGAUUCGGCCAAUUUGCUGCUCGUAGGAGGGAUUCUGUACACCUUCGGGGUUGUGUUUCUGUUGGCGGACCGGCACUUUCCGUUUCUGCACGUCAUCUGGCACCUCUUCGUACUGGCGGCUUCGGUACAUCUGUUACGACAUGAAUUUUGUUCGUUGCAAUAUGUGCGGUUUCUGUCUUAUCAAUAUCAACAACAGAUUUUGUCGGUAUAUAAAAAGUAAUCUGAGCAGUUGUUGUUUUGUAUAAGUUCUGAUAUGCUACUCCUUUCAUGCUCAUCUUACUUUUUACUGCAGGUGUGUCACUGGUUUUCGAUUUUGCAUUAUGCUGAGUUUUCCAAACAACGUUGGGAGAUAUUGCAUGGCAAAAGUCGAGAAUGGGAAGCGGGUUUGCUGAUCCAACAUUACAGUCAGCAUUUUGACAUGCUGAAGGAGUCCAUCUCAGUCCUAGUGGCGGGGGUUGCCACAGGCACUGUUACUGCGGCGCUUCCCGGCAUAUCAAACACGGUCGGUGGCUACGUGAAUUCCCGAAGUGCUGCUCCUGGGACGCUCAACGACCCGCUUUCUUCGAAGGGGCGGGUUAAUGCUGAUCCAUUGAAACAAGGUGCAAGCAGCGCCAAGACGGUGACAGAUGAUUACGAGUCGGAGGACGAGGCACCCCGUUCAAGUAACCGAGACUUUGAGCUAUAAGUGGGGCCAAGAAGAAGUAGAAGUUACGUUUCUCUCUUUUUACUUUUUGAAUCAAAACAGAAAAACGACCGGCAACUGCAGUAGCCUCGUGAUCAAACUUCGCGAUGUCGCUGAAGCCCCUGACAAAGCGAUCUUUAUUUGCUUAUGACCCAUGCCGGCAACCCCCGUCCGACCUCCCUAUGAGCAAAUUUUUAUUUUCUGCGCGCGUCAUCAGUGGCAUCGUUCUUUUGAUCCGGGUGACAGGUUUUCUUCCUGAAUAAAUGCAGUAGCAUUGCAAUCCUGUACUUUCGUCUUCAGUUCACAUCAUAAAUUCUAUGAGUUUUUCACGUUCCCCCAGCAUAAUGGCAUAAUCUUAUGUACAUAGUUCUCCCCUAAACCCAUCGUGGUUGUUCCACUUUCUCCAUUGCUUAGAGGAUGACGCAGUUUGCUCCUGUCAUGAUGUUUUCAUAGGAAGCAAUCAUUUUUUCCAUAAAGUUUUUUCUUUACUGAUCCACCUUUUACUUGUGGAUUUUUACGACGCGCUUGUGUAUAGCCUCCUAAGCGACGGCGCCCACCGCAUUCUUUGACUUGCGCUACAGUUGUUUGUGAUUCCAUGAAUACUUCUUGUUUUAAGAAAGUCUUCCGGAGUCGUUGACUGUGAAAUUUUUCGCAUAUGCAAUUCCAAGCAACCUGGACACUUAUGGGAAAUUCGGCUACUGCGUAUUCGCAGUCGUUUGAUCCGUGUUGACGCCACAAUGAUCAUCAAACGAGUUCUCCGUUUGAUGCACCAUGACACUGACUGGAUGCAAACCACGUGGAAGUACAGGACCCGUUUGAAUAGGUUUUAAAGUCUGGUCGGAAAACUUCUGUAUCUUGGAUUCUUGGCUAGUAAAAGAUCGGUGCGCAUUUGGGAUCUUUGGGUGCUGAUUCGCUAUUUGCUGAUUUUAUUCGAAGAGAUCUUAUGAGCUCCUAUUAGUUUCGAGCGACUAUUGGUUAAAGGUGAGUUCCGAUAAGUAGCUAAACAAUUGAUGUUGGAACUAUUGCUUGGAAAUUUUUCCUGAGUGAUCAUUA